AUGAAACGAGAUGCAGCACAAGCGUCGCUUCCACCCGAUGGCGGUAAAGAUGAUGAUCCACUUAUUCUCCCUCGGACACCGAAACAUCUGCCUCCGCUGCGGAUGACCCGAGGAUUUUGGAUUGAAAAUUUGCCUUCGGACGGCCGCCACCAUGGUGCCGCCGUUGCAUGUUUCGACAUUCCGGCCGAAGGCAUUAUCGACGACCUUAAAGAGGCUAUCAGUUUGGAGUGGAGUCGCAUCCCCAAGCGUGACCUGGUCUGCUCCCGAGCGGUUGCAGAGACCCUGAAGCAGAAGGAGCGGACAUCCGCCGAGCUGCAGACCAUCGCCCGCCAGGAGAACAGCCGGAGCUGGUUCCGGCGGCCUCAGGCCCGUUUGGAGGAGAUGGCAGCCAUGGAGACUGCAGUCGUGGAAGAACUUGCCAGCAUGAUGGACCAACAAGCAGCCCUGAAGCGAAGCAAGGAACAGUGCAUGGAACAGUUCCGGCGCUCUCUGAAGCAGUUGGAUGAUAGAUGUGCAUCUCAUCUUCAUGUUGUUGCCGACGACUUCAGCCGUUCAUGGCUGGGCACAACGGAGAAGAUUGGACAGGUCGCCGGAGGUGUCGGAGCUACUGGGAUGCGAGGAAACCCCAAGAGAGAAAGCGACGGCCUGAAACCGUCGAAGACCUUUCUGGCGACGCUGGCCACCACUGAGCCAGGAUCUCCCUCUCCAGCCACUGCGCAGGCACAGCAAGCGCAGCAAGCGCAGCAAGUGCAGCAAGCGCCGCAAGGGCAAGCCGGAGCGCAACAAUCGCGAGAUGAUAGGACCGACAGCGAGCUCUGCGAACUCGACCCCCAAGCCCAAGCUCCUCACAUUGAGUUUGCUGCCACGCCAAGCUCGCGGACUGGCCACACACGGGAAUCCAGCACAGGAAGCCAGGUUCGUGAAGGCAUCGCUGCAAAGGACAGCCUGCCUGAAUUUGCAACUGCUGCAUUCGAAGCCUCUGUUGAAUAUGCUUCGCCUUCGCCCAAAGAUACACUGAAAGCACUACCUGUAGAAGCCGAACAUCCCGACAGUGAGUCCGACUCGCACCCUUGGAGCCUUGAGCUACAUUUCGAUGAGCAUGUAAAGAAACUUGGCUUUGAGAUCGUGUGGGAGGCUGAGCGUCCCUGUGUGGGAAGCAUCGUUCCAGGCGGCGAGGCAGAGAGGGCUGGCUUAGUUCCUGGUGCGGUAAUCAUGGACAUGAAUGGUAUUUCCACAUUGGGAAAGUCGCGUGACGAGCUGAUGCCUUUGUUGAAAAUUCGGCCUUUGCAACUAAACGCGCACAUCCCCGGCGGGCACUCGGUGGACAGCCAUUAG